AUGGAAGGAGAUAGCUCGGAUCAUACGCUGCAGUCGGAACGUGGAGAUGAAGACGAACAACGGGAGAAGCCAUGCAAUGAUUCCGAGCAUGAAAAGGACGAGAACCAAGCGCCAGGUGGGACAAGUCACGACGAAGAGAAAAAUUCGCCGGAAAGUCCUCUUCUACCAGUCGGCUUCUUCGAUCCCUCGCUGAAGGAUGUACGCAAAGAGGUCGCGAUGAAAUGGGCCCUUACAGUCCUGAUCCUCUUCUGCUUCAUCCUUUGCGUUCUUUCGCUCUACUGGGCUGUUCUUUUCCAUGUGCCGCAGAAUCUAUCAGCCCUGACUGUGGCCGUCGUCAGCUUUGACGGCCGGGUCUCACCCUUCGAAGGCACGACACCCUUGAUUGGGGAGAUAGUUGAGAGGCUUGCGCGGGAACAGGCAGCACUUCCUGCUUAUGCACUGGGCUAUAUCGUUGAGCCUCCAGAGAAAUAUGGUGGGGACCCCCUUGCGGUGAGACAAGCCGUUUACGAUGAGCAUGUCUGGGCGGCCAUCAUUGUCAAUUCGAACGCCACGGCACUGCUCCGACGAGCUGUUGCGAUUGGAAAUUCCAGCUACUCUCCCCGUGGCGCCGGUCAGAUCAUUGUCAACUCCGCCCGAGAUGAGACCACUUACGCCAACUACAUCACUCCUCAACUGUUCGAAUUUGCAAUCAACGCGGUGUCCAUGUUUGGAGAGCAAUGGAUCAAGAACGUCCUAUCUAACACAUCGCUUGAUGUGGCCACCUACUCUCGUGCGCCACAAGCAUUGAAUCCGGCCAUUGGCUUCUCUUUGUUCGAUCUCCGACCCUUCACACCCGCUCAGGCUACGCCGGCCGUCACAAUCGGCCUCAUCUACCUCAUUAUUAUUGCUUUCUUCUCCUUUUCCUUUUUCCUCCCGGUCUACACCAAGUUUUUGAUCCCGAAGGGCCACGCUCCCCUUCACUUUUGGGCACUCGUUCUUUUCCGUCUGUUCAUGACGACGGCGGCCUACCUUUUGAUGUCGCUGGCUUACUCAUUGGUGUCACUGGCAUUCCUCAUUCCCUUCUCUAAUGACUAUCCGCACAACGAUACCACGAUGGCAAAGGAUCCAGACGCCUACGGGCAUGCAACAUUUGUGGUGUAUUGGAUGCUGAACUGGGUGGGAAUGUAUGCAUUAGGUUUGGCCAGUGAGAAUGUCACCAUGAUCAUUGGCCAGCCGUGGACUGCUCUGUGA